AGUAUUCCGUUCACCAUCGUAAGGGAAGGACGCGCGCUCCAGCCUCCUGCCUCGCUUCCCACACCACCACCACCACCACCACCACCGUCACCACUAAACACCUCGAACACACCACCACCAUCAGGAGAACGACAUGCUUUAAAGCCACUAUGGAGAUGCUACAGCCCCUAAUCCUCCUAGCGGCCCUUAUGCUUCUCGUCCUCAUCAUAGCCGUCACCCAGGUCCUUCUCGAUAGCAACUUGUUCCUCAGUGGCGUGCAGUAAGUCAAAGAGGCAGUGGUGAGGCUGUCUAUGGAAGCAGGGAGCGUGGUUGAGGAAAGGACAGCAAGAUGCGAUGGAUGGACGGUGUGAAGAGGUAUAGAUAGACUGGAGGGGCGGUGAUAGGACUGGGUGAUGAUACUGUCAAAGGCAUGAGUGAUAAAAAGUGAUGCCGAAGGAUAGGUUGACUGUGAUGAAAAUGAUGGAUACGUGAAAGAAUGACAGAUGGAGUAGAUGAAUAGUGAUGGAAGUGAUAAAUAGAGUAACAAAAGAGAAGGAAGGCUGCAAAAAAGAAUAAAGACAGUGAUAGAAGUAAGAGUGAUGAGAGAGAGAGAGAGAGAAAGAGAGAGAGUGAAGGGUAAUAAAGCGAGUGAAGGCAGUGACAGAUGAGAGAUGAGAAAGAGUGACAAGUUAAAUGAAAGACAAAUAGUGUGUGAAAAGUGUGUUAGACAAAAGGAACGGUGUUAAUGGAGACAGGAAGAGCAACGAAUACCUAAAAAAAAAAAAAAAAGAUAAUUGUAUGUAUAUGAAUGAUAAAUAUAUAGUGCUUGAAAAUUAAAUAAACGAAAGAGGAAGAUAAUACGAAAAAAGAAAGUACAGGAAGUUGAAGGAAAUUGAAAGAAAAGAAACACAAAACAACGCAUAUGUAGACAAAGAAGAGAGAGAGAGAGAGAAAGAGAUAAAGAGUGUGAGAAAGAGAAAAUAAGAGAGGCAGUAAACAUAACCGUCACAACUCGAGAUAAAAAUACAAACUGAAAAAAAGAAAAGAAAAAGAAAUAAAUACAAAAGACAACUAAACCAUAAAAUAAAAACAAGAAGAGACAAAAGAGAGAAAAAGAAGACGAGAAACAAAAAAAGGAAAGAAUGAGAAAGAGACGAGAAAAGAGUAAGUAAUCACCGCCAUCACACGCCAAAAAACACAAACACAGCCGAGAGAAAAUGAGACAGGGAAGGGAGGCUGCCCAGCUGACCCCUUCGUGACGCCGCCCGCCCAUCCACCCACCCCAGAUACUAGCCAUGUGGUGUGGCGGGGCCGUGGCGGUGGUGGUCCUCGCUGUGGUGGUGGCAGUGGGGAUAGUUGGCAUGGUGGAGGCAAGAACACCACACAAGAACACCCGGAGCUCUUCCACCACUCCACUCGAAGGCCCUCCACUCUUAGGACCUCCCGUGGUAUCCUUCACGCCCCAUAGGAACCACAGACACGCUCCUUCACGUCGCUUGCACGCUGCCUUCACCUCCUCCUCCUCCUCCUCCUCCUCCUCCACGUCUUCCUCCGUCUCCACAGGUCAGGAAACGCCCUCACACGAUUCCACUGCUCCACAAAAGAAUCCUUCAUCCUCCUACGAGUCCUAUAAAACAUCCUCCGUGUCACAUGCGCAAGAGAGUGACGUCACCGAGUUUUCACCUGCAGGAGGGCUGAUGGGGGCGUCUGAGGAGGUUCUAGGGGCGGGGGCAGGGGCGCGGUGCAGUCAGAAGCAGCAGGAGACGUCUAAGGAAAGUCACAGUCGCUUCGUUCAUAAUUAUUUGAGUCGCCCCUUCGAUGUCUCCAGCAAGAACAUCACGAUUGGUCUCCUCUCCUCCUUCAAAUUCAAUAAGCUAGCACUUGGCGCCUUUCCCGUGGCUGUGGAGGACGUAAACAGCGACCCUAACCUGCUAGCGGGGCGUCGACUCGUGUACCAGGUGGCGGACGUCGGGCACAGCGGGUCAGAAGCUCUCGCCUCGCUGUCCAUUCGCCGCAUGACCAUGAUGAGAGAUGCGGGUCUUCUUGCCUUCAUUGGACCAGACGACAACUGUGAGAACGAGGCACUGGUGGCGGCCGCUUGGAACCUCCCCAUGAUUACCUAUAAAUGCGGCGAUCACAACGUGGGAAACAAGACAAAGUACUACACGAUGGCCCGCACAACACCACCCGCCACUAAGAUCGUGAAGGCGCUGGUCUCUCUAAUGCUGGAGUACCACUGGCGCCACUUCGUCCUGCUCACCGAGGCCGCAUCUACCUUUGAGCAAAUUAGUGACGCUGUACAGAGCUUCGCGGCCCACCACAAGAUGAACGUGGCGGAUCAGUUCACAGUGCCCUACGACUACACCACAAGACGCUAUCCAGACAUGCAGAAACUGGUGCAGCUUAGCCUUCAGAAAACAAGAGUGUACGUGGUGGUGGCGUCUUACGAGGUGCAGUGGGACCUAGUGCUGGCCCUGAGGGAGGCAGCGGGACCACUCUUGUCAGACUACGUGGUCCUCACAAUAGACGACGAAAAAUACCUCGAGAAUGACUCUUCGCAAAGCAUGAGAAUCCCCGGAAAGCAGGCGAUGGACAUGUCUGGGGCACUGACGGAGAGGAUCUAUCACGGGUUUCGGGCUGUGCUGAAGAUUACACCCACACACCCAACCAACUCCAAAUACAGGAAAUUCGAGCGAAAAGUUCUCUACAGACUGAAACAACAUCCAUUCUGUCUUCCCUACAACCCAAAAGUUUUCAAGUAUAUCCAGGUACCCAUCUCCGCAGCCCACCUGUAUGAUGCAGUGAUGAUGUACGCAAAUGUUCUUAAUGAGACUUUGGCGGACAGCUCGGCAGACCCCGCCAAUGGGACUCACAUUCUCUCCCUCAUCAGGAAUAGGUCUUUCCAGUCCAUCCAGGGUCCCAAGUCUGUCUUCUCUAAAGUGGCUCCUAGGUUUCGGUUUGAAUCGUGUCCCAGGAAACGCGUGGUUGCCAGAUCUCCCACACCAACACUCAAACUCUCGUCUCUGUCCCCUUUCCCGUCAAAACAGACACUCAAACUCCAGUCUCCCAUCCCGUGGCUUGGUGGUCGGCCCCCUAGAGACGAACCUCCGUGUGGAUUUCAGCAGGAGAAGUGUCACUACGAUUGGCACCCUGUGGUGAUCGGCAUGGUGGUGUCCCUGGUGAUCAUGGUGGCAGCCCUGUUCUUGGUGAGGCACUACCGCUACGAACACAAGCUGGCGUGUCUAGUAUGGAAGAUUGACAUGCGCGAAGUGAAGAUAAUCAGUACCCAAGUUUGCGCAGCGCCGGACAGCAAUACUAACAACAACACGAUACAGGUGACGAGGCAGAGCGUGAGGCGGGGUAGCAGCGGUGCGGGCGGGACGGUGGAGGUGUCAUGCGAGGUGCCACGGAUCGCCUACUGUGCCAUGGGUGUGUACAGAGGCAACGUGGUGGCUCUCAAAUACGUGAAGAGGCGCUCCGUGGAUCUCACCAGAGCGAUACGAAAGGAACUCAAGCAGAUGCGAGAAACAAGGCACGAGAACCUGGCAGUGUUUGUGGGGGCGUGUGUGGAAGCAGGUGGCGUGGUGAUACUGACGCCUUACUGUGCCAGAGGGUCACUUCAGGACGUGCUGCAAAAUGAUGACCUGCCCCUGGAUGAUCUUUUCGUGGCCUCUCUUAUUGCAGAUCUCAUUAAGGCUAUGACCUUCCUCCAUGACAGCGAGAUAGUGUCACAUGGAAGGCUGCGCUCCUCAAACUGCCUGGUCGACUCCCGCUGGGUGUUACAAGUGUCUGACUACGGCCUACACGAGUUCCAGGCCACAGCGGAGCAGGAGCUGGAUCCUAAGAAGAGGCUAUGGACUGCCCCGGAACUCCUGCAGGACCCCAGUGCGCAUCCUAGAGGCACACAGAAGGGGGAUGUGUUUUCCUUCGCUAUCAUCCUAUAUGAAGUGGUUGGGCGUCACGGGCCGUGGGGACACCUGCUGCAGAAGAUGGAAGCCCAGGAAAUCCUUCGUCAGGAGUGCGCGGAGGGACUGCGGCCGCCACUAGAAGGCGUGAGGGCGGCGGAGUACGUGAAGGCGUGUCUGAGAGAAUGCUGGAGUGCCACGCCCGAGGACAGACCGGAUUUCAAGGGCGUGAGACUCAAACUGAAGGAAAUGCAAGCUGGAUUGAAGCUGAACAUCGUGGACAACAUGCUGGCAAUGCUCGAGAAGUAUGCCUAUAACCUGGAGGGGAAGGUGCAAGAGAGAACCAAACAACUGCUGGAAGAGAAGAAGAAAACGGAGAUACUAUUACUCAGAAUGUUGCCAAAGUCGGUGGCGGAGUCGCUGAAGAGGGGAGAGCAGGUGCCGCCAGAGAGUUACGACAAUGUGACAAUAUAUUUCAGUGACAUCGUUGGCUUCACUUUGCUGUCGGCCCAGUCCACUCCUAUGCAGAUGGUGAACAUGUUAAACGAGUUAUAUACGUGUUUCGACGCCAUUAUAGGAGACUACGAUGUUUACAAGGUGGAGACGAUAGGGGACGCGUACAUGGUGGUGUCAGGAUUGCCAAUCAGUAACGGGGACAGACACGCGGCGGAGAUUGCGUCUAUGGCCCUUAAGCUCCUCUCCGCUGUGAAGGUCUUCCGCAUCAGACACAGGCCGGGCGACACUCUCAAACUGCGCAUUGGAAUUCAUAGCGGGCCUUGCGUGGCUGGGGUGGUGGGUUUGACAAUGCCUCGCUACUGUUUGUUCGGAGACACGGUGAACACAGCAUCGCGAAUGGAGUCGACGGGGGAACAACUACGCAUUCACACCUCACAGGCUCACAAGGACAUGCUAGACAAGCUGGGAGGAUACGUGCUGGUCAAGAGAGGGUUAAUCGUCGUGAAGGGCAAGGGGCAGAUGGUGACGUGGUGGUUAGUGGGGGAGGCCAAGGAUGUGGAGGAGACCCACAUCCCCUCCACAACCUCCACCACAACCACAGAAGAGUCAUUUACCACUACUACUACCACUACUACUACCACUACUACUACUGCUACUUCUACUGCUACAAUACCUACGACCCCAACAUUCAGAGGUAGAUUUAGUCCAUCCCCCACUACAUCACAUCCCUCGCAUUCACCCCCUCCAGUCAUCACCCCCACCUCUCGAGCCCUCACUCCAUCCUCCCCAACUCCACUCACCCCAAGAAACACGUCCCCAUCAACCCCAUCACCCCAGUAAGCUAGUCACCCUCCAUCAUCACCCCUCCUCAGUAUACACAUGAAAAGUACACACACAGUCGUCAUGUGCACACGUCAUAUCACCAAACGUACAUGUAUAUAAUGGUAUGUAGAUGUUUGUUUACGUACAUGAACGUGUGUGUGUGUGUGUGUGUGUGUGUGUGUGUGUGUGUGUGUGUGUGUGUGUGUGUGUGUGUGUGUGUGUGUGUGUGUGU